AUGCAAGGCUGGGUCACGAUAAUUUUGUUCAGCGUCGGUUUUCUGCCAAAUUUACCGGCGCCGACACAGUCGUCGCGUGUCAACAUUGUCUCAUUCGCCUACGCCGGCAAAGAGGCCAGUCAGGGCAACGCGGCCAUUGUACCGACCAUCGAUGUGGCCAUUGAGCGGUCUAAGCAGCAGUAUCCCAAUGUUUUUAGCAAUAUCCACUGGAUAUCUAAAGCCUCACCGUACAACGGGAGCAAUAUUGCUCCGUGUGAUGCAGCUGAAGAUUCGGCUAUUAGCGAAGGUGUCGCACAGUGGCUGAAUGCAUCCAGUGUUUUCUAUGGAAGAUUGGACUUCUCAGGCCGCAAUCAAUCAGGAUUAACUGUUUUUGUGACCUCAGUGAACUGCGACAAGAAAGUUUUUCGUAGCGGGACGUUUGACGAAAAAAUGAGUGAUAAAAGCCGGUAUCCUUCCGUGCUGGCGUUUGGCGCUCUGUCUGUCACUCAAAUGGCGUCGUCGUUGUCCGCCUUUAUGGACCAGUAUCACUGGCAGUCCAUUGUCGCUGUGUCGGAUACGCUUUCCAAAGGGGCAGACUUGUUUAACAGAUAUAACUCCAUGUGUAUCGGUUCGUUAAAAAUGCUGGAAGGUCGCAUGCAGAAUGGCACAAUGCAGUUCUUGCGAAUACCGAUUGAUUCCGAUGCAGCUGGGUUUGAAUGGCCGUCAGUAUUGUGGCAAAUAUCCAACUUUAGUCGAAUUGUUCUGUUGUGUACAACUACGAGAGUGCAGAGGACGUUUCUGUCUGCCGCCUACGAAAAUAACAUGGCUAACGGAGACUAUGUAUUCAUAAGCCCUUUCAUUGGAUCUGUUCCAAAGGAUUUAGCUCUCAAAUGGAACCGUAACGAAUCCAUCGACCAGAAUGUGAGAAAAGCUCUGCCAAAUGUUUUCAUCUUUCGGCAUCCCCCUGUAAACUGGACAAAAAUAGAAGAUGUUACCGAUGCUAUAAUUGAUCGCCGCAUAGAGUAUUAUCAUGAAUCUUACGAGACAGCAAGUUUUUAUAGAGAAAAUGACUUGUCACUUAGCUGCUUGGAAGCGGUAGAAGCUCUGGCUGAGGUACUUAAUGAAACUUACACUUCGCUGCCGGAUUACAUUAGUGGAAAGGAGUUUGCUCGGCGGUUUUUUAAUAAAUCCAUAGAAAUAGAAACACGGAAACUGACAAUUUCGCCUAGCGGAAGUCGGCAGACUGUGUUAGAGGUUGUACAGUACGACGUCAACAAGAAAGAUUUCGAGACCGUCUAUGUGACUGAUCCAGUCACAAGAAGACUGGUGGCAGUCAAAGGCGCAGUUAUAGAAUGGAAAGGAAAAGAAGUUCCACGCGAUCGUCCAGCGUGUGGGCUUCAUGGCGAAUACUGCAUCGACCAUACGUAUCAAAAUAUGAUAAUCGAGGCGGUCGUGGGAGCAUUUCUAGCCAUCGCGGCUAUCGCGGUUGUCGUGGUCUUAAGACUGAACCGGCAACGUCGCGAAGCUGAAUUGUUAUCUCAAUGGUGGCGCGUAGAUUUCGCUGAUCUGUCAACGCUGCCCGUAUCCACUGUGCACGGCGCAACAUCACUCUAUGCUUCCCAAGCAGUGUUUAGCCCCGCAUAUCAACAGACAACUAUCAAAGAGACUCUAACUGCAAAAAACAACACAAACAGUCAUCGGCUGGCAAUAUUUAAUGAGCGCAUGGUGUGGACUACCUGCUUUGUAAUUCCAACGGAAAAGGAGAAGCAGAGCAUUAUUGUGCCCAACAGAACAUUUCUCAAGUUUAUGCGAAAGCUUCACACAGUACAACAUCGACACAUCAAUGAUUUUGUGGGAGCAUGUUUGGAAAAAGAGUACAAUUUUGUGGAAGAAUAUCGAAAGAAAGGAUCCAUCUAUGACAUGAAUCAAAGCAGUUUUUCAAAAGGGAGCAGCGGUUUUGACUGGGACAUGAAAUUCUCCUUUCUCGUUGACCUUGCGGAUGCUCUGCGCUUUCUGCAUAGUUCGCAAAUAAAGUUCCAUGGAAAUCUGAAAAGUACGAAAUGCCUGUUGGAUAAUUACUUCACGCUGAAGCUGUCGGAUGUAGGCAACGAGCGCAUGUGGUGCUACUUAAGCCGGCGUGCACAGUGCCCGGCAUCUGUCUAUUAUACGCUAUGGACGGCUCCGGAAGUGCUGCGUGGUGGGAUGCCAUCGGAACAAAGCGACAUAUAUACAUACGGAAUAAUUGCUGUUGAAAUCUUCACACAAUCCGGGCCAUUUAAUACAAAAACUUUGCACCCUGCGGACCUCGAAUCAAUGGUGGAAAAAGUUAAAAAAAAUACUGAAGAAUUUCCAUUUCGGCCUUCGCUGGAGAGUCUGCAACUCAUUCCGGCAGCCGAGAGUGCAUUCAAAACGUUUCUUCAGGGAUGUUGGGCAGAAAAUCCCGAUGACCGGUUCACGAUGCGGCAGGCUGGGACGAAACUGGAUACUGUUAUGGAACAAUUGAAAAUGCGAACAAAGGGAUCACUUUUUGAUCGUUUAAUGCGACGCCUUAACGCUCAUGCUCGAACGCUGGAGCAUACUGUAGCUGAAAGAACACAGGAGCUGAUUGAGGAACGAAACCAUUGCGAUAUGCUUUUGAAAGAGAUGCUUCCGAAGGAGAUUCUGAAACAAUUACGAGCCGGUCAGAUUGUGCACCCCGAACACUUUGAAUGUGCCACAAUAUACUUCAGUUCAAUCUUCGGAUUCCUAAAUUUUGCUAUUUCAUCUCCUCCUAUGACUGUCAUCCAGUUUCUUAACGGUGUCUAUUUGGAAUUCGAUGUCAGUAUUGAUGGACUAGAAGUCUACAAGGUGGAAACAAUCAGCGACUCGUACAUGGUGUGCAGUGGUUUGCCUACGCGUACAUUCAACAACAUCCAUGCCGCUCAUGUUUGUGAAAUGGCUCUGAUAUUGCAGAGUCGAUUCGCUGUUAAGUUCAGCCAAACGCAGUUGCAGCUCCGUGUCGGUAUAAACUCAGGUCCCGUGGUGGCUGGUGUAGUGGGGCUGAAGUGUCCUCGGUAUUGCCUGUUCGGCGACACAAUCAACACAGCAUCAAGGAUGGAAAGUAAUGGUGUUCCGUCCAAAAACCAUAUGAGCGAAGCAGCGGCUUCUCUGGCUAAAGAAUACGGUUUUGUAAUCGAACCGAGAGGUGAAGUGUUUAUAAAGGGGAAAGGAAAUUUAAUUACAUAUUGGCUUAUCAGCAAAGAUGGCGCAGUUAAAGAUAUACCUGUGAAGAAGUUGAAAAUCUGAACAUCUGAACCGAAAAACCAAAUUCAUCAAUAUUUGCUGCGGACUGAUUCUCUUGCCUACAUUUUCAUGCAUGUGAUUUUUCGGUUUACACGUUGAAUGCAUUGCUCAACCGGAAAAAAUUUCUGUUGAUCCGUAUUUUCGCGAAUUUGUGUUAAAUAAGAAGUUAAUGACCAGCUAGCAG